ACGCAUGCGCACUCGUUUCCUUUCGCGUCCCAAUAACAAUCAUUGAAAACGAGUAGCAAACCCCCCGACGAUUGCAAAUUCAUCGUCUCUAGGUCUUUUAUUUUCAACAAACGAAAGCUAUCAUGGCAGAAUUACGACAUCGAGGAGCGAUGGAUAAAGAGUUUCAGCAUCAGAACUCGGAGGACAAGGGUUCUGAGACGGACGGCAGGUCUGAGAGAGACGGAGCCUCAGACAAUGAGAAUAAAUCGGAUUCUGGGGUUCCUGAGGUUCCCGUUCCUCCUGAUGACACACCAGAGGUUCUCAACAAAGCCCUUUCAGGUCUCUCCUCCCGGUGGAGGAACUGGUGGGUGAGGGGCAUUCUGACUUUGGCUAUGAUUUCCUUCUUCUUCAUCAUUAUUUAUCUGGGUCCGAUGGUGCUGAUGAUGAUUGUGCUAUGUGUUCAGAUCAAGUGUUUCCAUGAGAUCAUCACAAUUGGUUACAGUGUCUAUCACUCAUACCACCUGCCCUGGUUCAGAACAUUAAGUUGGUACUUCCUGUUAUGUGUGAACUACUUCUUCUAUGGUGAAACGGUGACAGAUUACUUCUUCACCCUGGUGCAGAGGGAGGAGCCUCUACGCAUCCUCAGCAAAUACCAUCGCUUCAUUUCCUUCGCUCUUUACCUCACAGGGUUCUGCAUGUUUGUUUUGAGUCUGGUGAAGAAACACUAUCGCUUGCAGUUUUACAUGUUUGGUUGGACCCAUGUGACUCUCCUGAUUGUGGUGACUCAGUCCCAUUUAAUCAUUCAUAACCUGUUUGAAGGGAUGAUCUGGUUUAUUGUGCCAAUCUCCUGUGUUAUCUGUAAUGACAUCAUGGCUUACAUGUUUGGCUUCUUUUUCGGCCGCACCCCUCUCAUCAAGUUGUCUCCUAAGAAGACAUGGGAGGGAUUUAUUGGUGGCUUCUUCUCCACUGUUGUGUUUGGCAUCUUGCUGUCCUAUAUGAUGGCAGGUUACCGUUUUUUCGUGUGUCCAGUGGAGUUUAACAAUGACUCAAACAGUUUUACGGUGGACUGUGAACCAUCUGAGCUCUUCCAGCUUCAGGACUACGGCCUGCCGUCUGUGCUGCAGUCUGUCACAGGCUGGAUGACAGUGAAGCUGUACCCGUUCCAGAUCCACAGCAUCGCUCUGUCUGCUUUUGCUUCAAUCAUGGGACCGUUCGGAGGCUUCUUUGCCAGUGGCUUCAAAAGGGCCUUUAAGAUCAAGGACUUUGCCAACACCAUUCCCGGUCAUGGAGGAAUCAUGGACCGCUUUGACUGUCAGUACCUAAUGGCCACAUUUGUAAAUGUUUACAUUGCCAGCUUCAUCAGAGGGCCAAAUCCCACAAAAGUCAUCCAACAGCUUCUAGCCCUAAGACCAGACCAACAGCUCCACAUCUUCAACUCACUUAGGGCUCAUCUGACAGAGAAAGGCCUGCUCCCUGCCCUAGAGGAGGCAGCCUAACCUGAUGCCAUGAUCCAGGGAAAUCCCACCAACGUGGGCAGAUGAUAGAGUAAGGGGAUUCAGGCAAGAAAGUAUUAGAUUGGAAACAUGAGAAAAGAGACUAUGGAAAACUGAAAUACAAUACAAUGUUGGGUCAUUCCAUUUUCAGUGUGUUUGAGAGAAUGAAUGAGUGUGUGUGUGUGCGUACAAAUAAGUGUUUUUGCCUUUGUGUUAUUUUAAACAUUUCUUUUUGUGAAUUUUUUUAUGUUUAUUAAGAAUAUUAUUAUAUAUAUAUAGGAUGACACUUCAUCUACAUUACAGUUCUUUUUGAGUUGAGCAUUUUCACUUGUGUACAAGUGUUUUGUACCUAUUUUAUGUGUUUAAUGGUUUAUUGUGUUUUAUUUAGUUUUAAUGCACUGCUCAUCACACUGUCAUUUCAACCUCAGGCCAAAUUUUGUCUUUUGCUAGCCAAUGUUCUCAUAAGACGUCAUUGUUUCAAAGAUUGUAUGGGUACUCACAGAUUUAGUGUGGAUUCAUGUUGCUUUUCCUGCUUUUUGGUUGAGAUCUAUUUGUUACAUUUUUAAUAGGAAGUAUUUGUUCAAUGAUGCUAAAUAAACGCUUUAAACCAAUAGGUAGAUAUAUUUAUAGUUCAGACUCUUGAGACUACUGCAAAUGACAGGCAGGUGAGGAGAUUUUCUGAGUUUAAAUCAGAAUAUUUAUUUAAAUAGUCUACACUGUAAAAUAGUGAAAGUUGGAGUAAUUAAACGAAUUACUUCAAUUGGUAAUGCUUUUUUUUUUUUCAACUUUAAAUUUUCAAGUUGACAAAGUAUUUUUUAAAGUAGAUCCAACUUUCACUUUUUACAGUAUAUGUAUGUGACAGAAUUAAUUGAAAUUGUCACACGGCAAAAAACAUAUUGUUACUCUGGACAGUGUAGAGAUUGUUACACAAACUUAUUUCGCACUGAAGGUUUAAAGGUUAUUAACAUUAUUGUGUUUAAGAGUCUAACAUCUUUUAUCAUUCAUAGUUUUAUUUAAAUGCUCUAUUGUUCCUUAAAAGAUACAAAGUUUUUUCUUUGUUUUGUGUGUGAAUGUUAAAUAGUUAUGUUACGUGUUUGUUAUCUAGUCAUCGGUUAUAUUUCAUUUGUCUUUACAAUUGUUAUUUUUUGUUCUUUACUGUAACGACCAAACUUUCCUUUCAGUUCUUUUUUUGUCUCUGCUUUUUCAUCCGCUCUGUUGUUAACAUCACCUACUGUAACAUCCUGCUCAAUCCAAAAAUAAGGACAUAAAGGAAGUUAUUUCAUGCUGAAGAAAGGGAAGCAUAUUGAAAAUAACUUGUGUGAAAGACUAGGCAUGUCCUCAGGUCAGUCUGUACAUUCACCAAUAAAGAUCCACGAGCAUGCAUGUGUACAAUUUUAAUAACUGUACCCUCAAAGCGUUUCCAAAAAGAACUGAAGGAUAAAUAGGCAGCUUAGUUUCUAGUGAUUUUCACUAAGAAAUCAUUCUAUACUUUUUUUAAAUAGGCAAACCAUUUCUUAAAGGGAUAGUUCACCUAAAAAUAAAAAUUCUGACAUCAUUUACUCACUCUCAUGCUGUUACAAACCCGUAUAAAUUUCUUUGUUCUGAUGAACACGAAGGAAGAUAUUGUGAGGAAUGUUUGUAACCAAACCGAUUAUGAAUGGUUUUGUUGCAAACAUUCCUCAAAAUACCUUCUUUCAUGUUCAUCCGAACAAAGACAUUUAUACAGGUUUGUAACAACAUAAAAGUGCAUUCACACCAGAUGCGGAAGCGCGAGUGAUUUACAUGUUAAGUCAAUCCAAAGACGUGAAUAGGAAUCCUGUGAAUUGAACAUUCCCGCGGGAAACACGCUAAUUGAAAAAUCUGAACUUUGGAGGAUAUUCGCGCCGUGUUAACCAAUCAGGAGAUUGCUCUAGUAGUGACGUGAUUACAGGAAGCAAGCGGAGUCGCAGAAGCACCUCCCAUGAUGCGAAUUUCCACGUGAAUGUCUCGAAUUUCAUGCGCGAAUGAAGCAUCAUCUCAAAAUAGCAAGUUUUUGCCGCCUCUACCGCUUCUGAUGUGAAUGCACAGUAAGGGGUUGUGUACACCAAAACUUUUACGUUUGCGGCCGGUGCAUUUUUUCAAUUGUUUCUAAUGGAACUCUGCGUUUUUCAAAUAAGCCAGCAGCUAGCGGUUUUCGUCCGCCUGAAAACCAGCGCCCAGCGUUUUUUCCGCGCUCAGCACUGAGCACCGAGGUUGCUCCGCUCGUCAAUGUCAGUUCUCACGCGGCCGUCCAAUCACAGUGGAGGUGGGGCAGGACAGCACAGCAACCAACCGUCUCACAGCUGACGUAUCAGAGCUACCAAAGCGCUUAGCUGAAGAAAGCUGGCACUCAGCUGAAAAACAGCUGGCAUUCGGCGUUGUCCAGGCGUUUUCAGCCGCGUUUAAAAGUUUUGGUGUGUCCAGCCCCUAAGAGUGAGUAAAUAAUGAAGGAUCAUUUUUGGGUGAACUGUCCCUUUAACUUUUACCGCUUUUUUAUUUUAGGUGACAAAACAAUAACUCGCUUGAGAUCACCAUCAUCAGUGUUUAAGUAGUGCAAAAUGUUUUUUUGCAUUUUUAAAUUCAGUCUUUUAUGUUAUCGUAUUAGUUCAGUGUCAUGUCCUGAUUUUAUAAAGAAAAUUGAUGACCUAUAAGUAAAGAUAAUAUACUGUAUAUGUUUAAAGUAGAGAUUCUAUUUAUUUUACCUAGUUUUUAAAUGGUCCUCUAAGUCGAUCUGUGUACAAAGACCAGACAAAACUAAUAGAGCAAUUUAGACGUUUCAUAGCUAACAGAGAGAGAGAGUCUGUAACUGAUGUCAGGCCCUGACACCUUUAGGUGGUUUACCAUAAAUGGGCAUUUAUGAAAAGCAUAAUUUGUUAGAUCAUUCAACAGAUAAUAAAUGUAUCGCAUGAGCCAAACAGAUGCUCAGUCUUGUGUAUGUCGUCAUAACACUGUGUGCACUACCACUAGAGGGAGCCAGAGCGUCACUUUUGUAUUAAAGUUAACCAGUAGGCUACAUUUGAUUGCGUCUCUGCUUUUGCAUCUUGUUUCUGUCUGCUGCCAUGAUGAUUUUGUCUCUUUUCCUAUCAAGUGAUGCUCAUGUAUUGCUCAUUGGUUGUCUAAUGUGUCAGAUAGUUAAACUGUGCAGUUUUACAUUCUGUAUUUGCUUAUUUUCCACAGAACUGUUGCAGUAAAAAUAGCGUGUUUUUGGUUCUUCACCGAUAAAAAGUAACCCCUCUCUGUUGAACAAAAUGACAACAACAGUACAUGAAGUUGUAGUUAAUUUGACCUAAGUAUUAUGUUUCUGUUGUAUCAUGCUUUGUAAUUUUCGAUAAAGCAGAUAAAUGUGCUUUCCUUGCCGCUUUGUGUACGGUGAUUGCUCAUUUCUAAAUAGUUAAUAAAGAGGAAAGCUCAAUAUGUACACCCACA